UUGUAUACAGAUAAUGUAUAUAUCUGUUUUUAAGAUGAAAUAUAGUAAUCCAUAGGUCAUGAGUCAUAUAUAAUCUACAUUUGCUUGAGGUGAUGGAAUGUAUCUAAAAGAUCGUCGAACAUGAUGGGUGAAACUGAGUCUGAGAGUCCCUUAGGUUCACCAACCAUGAGCCCUAUGAGAACAGCAAAACCAUGCAGUAGUCCAUCAGAGCACAGCAUAAGUUUGAUGGUUAUUUUGGCAGCCAUAGUUUGUGCCUUGCUAUGUGCUCUUGGUCUGAACACAAUGUUGCAAUGUGUGUUCCAAUGUGCGAAUCGUGUUGUGACGGAACCCUUUCAAUGGAUUGCCUCAAGGAGACUGAAUUCAGGCCUGAAGAAGAGAGAGGUGGUGGCUCUGCCAACCUCCACCUACACUCAUUCUGGUGGCUCUCCAUGUAACUGUGCGAUUUGCUUAUCGGAGUUCUCUGAUGGAGACAGCAUAAGGUUCCUCCCAAACUGCAAUCACCGUUUUCAUGUUCACUGCAUUGAUAAGUGGCUCUUUUCUCACUCUUCUUGCCCUACUUGUAGGACCCUCCUUAAGUCUACUCAUUCACUACACUCCUUGCAUGUUAUAGUAUCAUAGUUUCAUUUACCUUAUAUGUAAGUUAGACAGAGAGUUUUGUUAAAUUAAAUUCUGCUCUAAUUAUAAAAGAAAAUCAAGAUGAGUUAACUAGACUCACAUCUUCUAUGCUAAACCUUUUCUUAAGCUCUAUAUAUUCUUCUUUGCUCUUUUA